UAGAAUGCACGCUCCCACAAAAAUCUCCAUUUCAGGGAGGAGACCAGUCUAUCCCCAUUGCCGCUGCUUCAUCUGAACCUCUAAAACUUAAGACAUAAACCGUAGAAAUCAAUACGAACCCUAGAAGAAAGCCAGUGUCAGAAGCCAUGGCCAUAAGAACCCGGGCCAGGAUCUUAACAAACAGGCUCCAGUCAAUGUUUCUUAGUUCUUCUUUUCUCCAUGAUCACGCUACAAGCUUCGGAUAUAAAGAAGUGGGGGAAGAGGAAAAGAGUAAACUGGUUGGGAAUGUUUUUAGUAGUGUUGCUCCCAACUAUGACCUUAUGAAUGAUUUGAUGAGUGUCGGCCUACAUCGAUUGUGGAAAGACAGGUUAGUCUCCAAACUGGCUCCUUUUCCAGGGAUGAAGCAUCUCGAUGUGGCCGGUGGAACAGGUGAUAUUGCAUUUCGAGUUUUGGAGUCCAUCAAUGGUGUUAAAAGGAGAGCCCUGCAAGAUGGCUUAGAAGAUAAUUCUGAGGAUGAGACUCGUGUAUUUGUCUGCGACAUCAACCCUGCCAUGUUGAGUGUCGGCAAAAAGCAUGCCAUAGAGAGAGGUGGAGGUCUUGGAGAAGCUCAAUCACUUGUAUGGGUGGAAGGUGAUGCAGAAGCUCUCACUUUUGAUGAUGACUCAAUGGAUGGUUACACAAUAGCAUUUGGGAUCAGGAAUGUAACACAUAUAGAACGUGCACUUGCAGAAGCUUACAGAGUGCUCAAACGAGGUGGCAGAUUUCUCUGUCUUGAGCUGAGUCAUGUGGAAGUCCCAGUAUUCAAGCAAAUAUAUGAUCUUUAUUCAUUUUCAAUCAUUCCUGCAAUUGGAGAGUUCGUAGCGGGUGAUCGAGAUUCUUAUCAGUAUUUGGUCGAAAGCAUUCGCCGAUUCCCCUCGCAGGAAAAGUUUGCACAGAUGAUUGCAGAUGCGAGAUUUCAAAAGGUUGAAUAUGAAAAUCUUAUUGGUGGGGUGGUUGCAAUUCAUUCUGGAGUGAAACUAUAAGAGCUUUGCAAUGGACAUUAGAGGAGGUACACUGCGAUCUUCAGACAAUUGUCACUGUCAGUGUUUUAAAACCCGGAAUUGGGUUUUUAAUUGCCCACCCACUGUACCGAUCUAGGUCAGCUGAAUCGGUGACAAAUCGGUAAAAUGAAAACCAAUAAAAAAUGCUAUCGGGCAAUUCUACGGGAUUGGGGAGAGACCUGGAUUGCCGUGGAUCGCUCGCCCACUUUGGGCUCUAAAACAUUGGUAAUUGGCAAAAUUUCUAUUUGAUUUUCAUAACUGGUAAAAAAUUAUUUCGAGUUAGAUAGCUGUGGUACCUCUGUUGCCCUUCAGCCAAUAUUUAUUAUUUAUUUGAUGAAUCUUUUGGAACUUCAUGUGCAUAAUUGAUCUUCUACUU